GAAGAGGAAAACAGUAACAGAAGCAGAAACCCCCAAAGUUCAGAGCUGGACUGGUUGUGGCUCUCUGGUCUUCUAGCUACAUUUUCUCUGUCUAUUCUAUACUUGCUGGAAUGAAUGGGUCCAGCCCUCAGCACUUCCUCAGGAUCUCCCCUGUGAUACAACCAACUGGAAGAAAGAUGUCUUUUAGUCCAAUGUGGACAGGAAUGAUCCUGCUUGGGACCCUAAAUAAUCAUCUCCGGAAUUCUGCACCAGUCCUAUCAAAAAUUCCUCUGCAGUUCGAUUUCCAAGCAAAGAAGUUCCAAGGGAAAUGGUACGUCAUCGGCCUGGCAGGGAGAAACAUCAACACUGAAAGCCUGAGACACUAUAAGAUGUAUGCUACUAUGUACCAGCUACAAGCAGACCACAGCUACAGAGUUAUCUCCAAUCUGAUCAAGGGUGAGUCCUGUGAUAUUGGGCUCAGGACUUUUGUCCCAAAGGGUCAACCAGGUCAAUUUGCCUUGGACAAUUUUAAAGCCUAUGGUGUUAAGAAGUAUGUGUUCAGAGUGGUGAAGACCAAUUACGACGAGUUUGCCAUACUAUUCUUUCUCAGUGUCAAAAAGAGCAAGGUGAACUUCAUGGCAAGUCUAUAUGGGAGAACAAAAGAACUCAGAUCUGAGCCAAAGGAAAAGUUCAUUGAAUUUGCCCAAGCAUUGGGCCUCUCUGAUGAAUUCCUUCUCUUCCUUCACAAAGAUGGUCUCAUUCUUCCAUUUCUGGCUGCUUCUCAGAUAUCCCAAGUUCCACAGUCUACAGCCCACCUCGGCUCCCUCUACCAAGUCCACCUCCAUCUUUGUCCAUCUGCUGCUAGAGAAUUGGAGACACCUGGUCCCUGCUCUUAUCUGUUUCUCAGUAUGGCCAUCUUGGUUCCAUUCAACAUUUUCCCACAAAGGCUGCUUGGGAUUCUUACCUCAGAUCUCUUUUCAGGGGACAAUAAAUUCAGAUUAUCAAGAACUUGAGUCUGAAUUUCUUGAAGUGGGGAAGAGAAAAUGGGACCUUGUUUUAGCUAAAAGAACAGCCAAUUGUUCAUUUUGUGCCAAGGAUACCUCUGUGCAGUGGUUUCCCUUGGAGUCCAGGGUCUCAUACUCAAAUUUUGCAGAUUCAGAAAUUCAAUUUCUUCAGUUCCCCUAGGAAUGAUAAUACUCUGAGGAAAUGAGUAUCCCCAGUAAAACUCACAAGAGAUUGAUUUAUAAACCAGAUACCCAUUUAUUACUUUACAAUAAGAGAAACACCUGAAAGAAGUAGCAGGGAUAAGUGUGUGACUACAUCAUGGGCCAGUUCUCUUGGUGGUUAAAUUUGCUCAUGAGAAAAGAUUACUGAUCGGCAGAUCUAGAGCUGGAAGAGAACUCUGAGAUCUAAUCAUUAAAGAGAACAGAUUGUUAAAGAGAUAGUUGCUGACCAUCUAGAUAGAAAAGUAAUGAUUAUAGUCAGGAUGGCUUCAUCAAGAACAGGUCAUGCCAGAUUAACUUUUUUUCCCCUAUUUUAGUAAAAGAUUACUAAACCAAUAAAGGAAGGGAAUGCCAUGGAUAUGAUUUAUCUAGAUUUAAGCAAAGCUCUUUAAAAAAAAUAGUAUUUUAUUUUCCAUGCAAAGAUAGUUUUCAAUAGUCACCUUUGCAAAGCCUAUUAUGUUGCAAAUUUUUCUCCCUCCCUCUUCCAUUGUCCCUUUCCCAAGACAGCAAGCAAUUCAAUAUAGAUUAAACAUGUGCAGUUCUUCUGAACAUAUUUUCAUAUUCAUCAUGCUGUAGUAAAACUCUUGAUAAAACAUUAUUUUUGUAGAGAGAAAUGGAUUUUAUACUGUACAAACAAAACGGAUUCAGAAUUGACUGGUUGUAUAGAUUCAAAUUCAAAGAGACAUUGUUUAUGAUCUAAUGUUAAUGUGAUAGGAGGUCUCCAAAUGCAAUGACCCAGGGAAUCUGUGCUUGGCCCUGUGCUAUCCCAACAUUGCUAUCACUGACUUACAUAAAGGCAUAGAUAACAUGCUUAUCAAAUUUGCAGAUGAUACAAAAUUGGAAGGGACAGGUGACAUACUGGCUAAGCUGGGAGCAAAAAAUAAGCAAGAAUUCAGUAAGAUGGAACUCAGUGGGACCCAAAGGCAGAGUCUUAGACUUGGAUCCAAAAAUAUCAAUUUCAUGAGUACAAGAGGGGAGAAGUACGGUUAGAGAGCAACUAUUAUUAAAAAAAAAAAUGUGAGUGUUUUAGUGGACCACAAGCUCUGUGUGAGUCAGCCAAAAAAACCUGCAUUAAGAAGACCUAUCUUCUGGGAAUAGGGAGAUGAUAUCACAGCAGUACUCUGUCCUUGUCACAUCUCAUAUAGAGUAUUGUGUUCAGUUCUAGACUAGACAUUUCAAGAAGGGCAACUGAUAAGCUGAAAAGUGUCUAGAGAAGGUGAACCAGGGUGGUUAAGAGCCCCUGACACAAGAGGAUCAGUUGAAGAAACUGGGGGUGUUUAACCUGGAAAAGAGAAGUCUCAGGGGGACAUUUUAGUAGAGUUGAAAUAUUUAAAGGUAUUCUAUUUGUUCUGCUUGGCUAUGUCCCCUUAGGAGGGCCAGCAUCUGAAUCUAGGUCUUCUGAGUCCAUAUUCAACUCUUUUCCCACUGUAUACCAGGCCAGUGGUGAAUAGUGGACCAAAUCAAAGGUAUUAUAUAUUAGAAUAAUUUAUUUCCAUCAAAUUGUGGGAGAUCAAUGAAUUAAUUUCCUAUUUAGUAAUCUAGAGAGUGUUUCAGUCUAAAAUACAGGGGGCCAGCCAUUAGAUCCAGGCUGGCUUCUCUGAAGGACAAUGUUGGGCAAACACACACUGACUCAUUUUACUACUGAAUGCUUCUUUCUCAAUAAUUGCUAUUAGGCAUUAAAAUUAACACUGUAAUCAGUGUGUCCUCAUCAGGCAUGUUACAAUUUCCAAGAUUACAGCUGCUCUUACAUUAGUUAUAUUUUAAAAUGUUGCCUUCCUUUUUAGCCUUCUUGAGGACAUAGAGACCAUACCUCCCUUCAGAUCAGGGUCUCCCCAAGGAUACAAAGAAGAAAUUUUACUAUGAAGUCUCUAAAAUGAUGUUUUAGUCUUAGAUUCUGUCAGCUGCCCCAAGGUUUGGAGGAGGAGGACUGAUAAUAAUAGCUAACAUUUAUAUAGUGUUUACUAUGUGUCAAGCAUUAUGUUAAGCAGUUGACAAUUAAUAUCUCAUUGAUCCUCACAACAAACCUGGGAGAUAGGUGUUAUUAUUAUCCCCAUGUUACAGAUGAGGAAACUGAGGCAAACAAGUGACUUGCCCAAGAUCACACAGUUGUUAAGUGUCUGAGCCAGAAGUAGGGCAGCUGGGCAGCCUGGUGGAUAGAAUGCCAGGAAGACCCGAGUUCAAAUCAGCCUCAGGUGCUAUCUGUGUGAUCCUGGGCAAGUCACUUAACCCUUUUAGCUUCAAUUUCCUCAUCUGUAAAAUGAACUAAAGAAGAAAAAAGUUAACAACUCCAGUGUCUUUGCCAAGAAACCCCCAAAUGAACUCACAAAGAGACAGACAUAACUGAAAUGACCGUACAAGAAAAAUUCCUGACUCCAUGCCUACUACUCUAACCACUGUGUACCAUUAACUCUGUGGUUGAGACUAUCUAUCUCCUCUAUCCCCUCGGGCUACUCAAACAAAUGCAGAAAAAGGAGAAGGUAAUUCAACAAAUAAACAUUAAAUUGCUUUUAUAUUAUAGCCUAUGCAUUAUGUACAAGUGGGAUGGAGAGGGAAAAAAGAGAUAUAAAUAAAAGAUAGGUGUGUGCCCCCACGACACUUACAAUGUUGUAAUAAAAUGUCUGCUGUUUUAGAAAAAAGAUUUGGCAAUUUCUGUAAUAUCUCAAUAUCCAUCCCUUACCUCUUUCACUACUGGGAAGUUCUCUUUGAUCUAGCCAAAGUUUUGUUGUUUGUUUGUUGUUUGUUUUGGGGUUGUUUUUUUUUGUUUGUUUGUUUGCUUGUUUUUGCUUUUGCUUUUUUGCUAAGUGGUCCCUGUUCAAGAUAAAGAUUCCGCACUUAGAAUAAAAGAGUUGAGAUCUUAUGGUACAUCAGACAGGAAUAAGUGUGGAACUGCGGGAAAGGGUUCAGCUCAAAAGCAUCAGUAACCGGGAGCUCAUGAUUUGGGAGCCAACUGAUCCGCCUACCACCAUCCCUGCAGGUACUAAAAAUAGGACAGGUGGUGAGAGGGAAAAAAAAGAGUCAUGUGGGAAAGAACGAAUAAUGAUUUUCAUACUCAUUAAAAUUCCUCCCUCUCUAACACAAAUUCAUAAAUCCAAGAACCAUGGCUAAAUGAUCAAAGGUUAUGAACAAAUAAUUCUCAAAAAAUUAACUAUUAACAACUAUGUUAAAGAUUGUUCCAAAUUACUAGAAAUAAAAGAAAUGAAAAUCAAAACAACUCUGAGCUUUCAACUGACAUCCAGUAAACUGUGUUUUGGGAUCUUUUUUGGAGGCAGUUGGGGUUAAGUGAUUUAUGUAGGGUCACAUAGCUAGUAAGUGUCUGAGGCUGGAUUUGAAUUCAGGUUCUCCUGACUGCAGAGCUCUACCACUACUUCUACAACUAGUAAACUGGCAAAAAAAAAAAAAAAA